GUGGUGUCUCAUGCAAUAGAUGGAACCCCCGAUUGCAUCGACUGUCAACGCUGGAGAGACUUGCGCCAUGGAGACAGAGGACAUUGUGAAGGGUCUUGCAGAUGGCCGCAAGGAAGGGAAUUCGAUUGAGAUGAACACCACUGACUGUGCAGACGUGCUGACAACAAUAUAUGCACAGAGUGCAGAGAUGAUGGGUGAUGGUGAUGAAUCAGACAAUGAUGAAGGAGGGAGCACUUGUGAGACGGAAAAGGUUGGGGAAGAGAGAGGAGAGGGAGGUAUGGGAAGCAGGGAAAAUCAUGCAGGGUGUAUUGUUGAGGAUGAAAAUGUGGUCAAGACAUUAGCAGGGGAACAGUUCCCAUAUGACAUCAAUUGGGUGUCUGGUCGUGUUCAACCGGGUAUUGUUGGAGGAGUACCCUGCUCCGCGUUCAAAGUGGUUGGGACUUGGGUUCCAUUUCCUGUCCCCAAAACAAGCGCAUGGCGAAACGUGACUCUGUCAAUUGUGUUUGACAGAGUUAUAAGGUUGAACGAUGCGGCAAGAGCUCGGGAGAAAGGGCAACAUGCAUUGAAAAUGUGGCGUGUUCUCGAGGCAAAGGGCGAGUUGAGGCUUAACGAUUUUUUGUACGACAGUUUUGAUUGCGGAACGCCAUGGGUGAUUGGUGGGAACAAUGCAGCAGCGAGAACGGUGUGCCCUGAGAAUGAUGCAAGGAGGGAUCCUAGGUGGGGUUUGGUGCCAUAUGAGAUCCCGAUUACAUGUGGCCGGGUGAGGAUGCAGAUGCGUGAUGCCAUGGGAAAUGUCUGGAACAUGCAUUACAUCAAUGGUAUGCUCUCCUUCAGGAAUCUCAACAGGGAGGUGUUAGAAGAGGAGAAGAAGGCAAUGACAUGUCCCCCUCAUACUGCUGGGUGUUUUUUUCCGCCGCUUCGGAACCCUAUGGAGUUGGGGGUGGUGGACGGGAAACUGUUCUCUGGUGAGGAUGGUGCCACAUACACAGCUGCAAGAGGGCAGGAAGCCACGUAUGAUGGACUAUGGUCGCAGAUAUGGGACCACGUCACAUUGAGGCGUGACGUUUUGACUGCCACGGACAUUGGGGCCCAUGUCAUCCCUGAGGGACAGUUGCAGCAGCAUAUGACCCCUGAAAAGUAUGCCUAUCGCAUCAAUGGGUCCCGGGAUGUUUGCAUCCUGCAGUCGUUGAUGGCAAGGCCAUUCUUGCGGAUCGUGCGCGAGGUUGUGGAGGAGACCAUUGCUCCUGGUGCGGGCGUGAGGUUUCAGAUGACGGCGGUGUGUGCUUUGAUGGAGGCUGCUGAGGCGUACCUGGUUGCCAAUUUCGAGAACACCAACGAGGUCGCGAUCCACUCGAAGAGGGUGACGAUCCAGGUCAAGGACAUGAGGCUGGUGGAUAGGUUGUCGAAGCCUCGUUGGGUGGAGAAAUAUGAAGAGAGAAGAGGACAAAAGACAAACUGUACCAUCAUGUCGAUGUCGGUAGCACAGGUGGAGAAGGCUCUUGCUGAGGUAAUGAAGUAUGCAGCAGAGGGCAUCCACUACAACGGUGACAUCGAGUUCUCUUUGCUGAAGAAGAGGGUGCCGAGGUACUUCGCAGUCAGUGUGGAUAUGAGAUCCUCAAUCACGGCAAAUGAUGAGGGUUGGAUGUGCGAAGAUGGAGACGUGGACAUGACAAUGCACCAAAAAGGGGGAACGUAUGCACCUGCAGAUUUCAAAAAGUUAUUGGGCACUGUGGCGAAGAACUCCGACAUGCUUGUUGAUGGGUCCAAGGACGAGUUGAAAAGUGGUGGUGCAGAGAUCUUGGUGUUGUCCAGAAUGAAGGACAUCACACAAACACCACCACAGGACUUUCAAGAUGUUCCUGUAAUUGUUGCAGAUGGUGUAGAAUAUGUUCUGCUGGAUCAGCUCUGCGAUUUCAUGAAAAAGAGUGAUGAGGACAGGAACGUCAUCCACGAGGCGUUGCACGAACGAGAGGAGAAGACGACUUCAUAUCCGGCAGACCGUUGUGGGGGGACUUAUUGUCACGCGUUUUGGACCGGCUCAGUCUUGCAAGUUGCGAUGUUGAGAGACAAAGAGAAAGAGAAGAAGGGUGGAAGUGAAGAAGAGGAUGAGGAUAUAGAAGAAGAUGAAGAAGAGGAUGAGGAGGCAUCGUCUUCUGACGUGGAGGUGAGCGGCAGCGAUGUCAGCAACGACGAGGUAGACGAGGAAGAUGAUGUUUACUAUGAUUUAAAGGGGGCAGGUGGACAAAUGUCAAAAGGUUGGGCACAUGCAGUUCUGAGGUUGGCACGUGUUUUCCCCGAUCCGCACAAUGUGCUGCAUGUUGUGAUGAAGGGGGCAACACCUGACGGUGCUCUACACGGUGCCGAGAACCGUUCGCCCAGGGCCCCCGAGAAGAGAUCGCGGGAAGAUCAAAUCACAAAGAUGCACCGCAGGACAAAGAAGAGAAUCUCCCACAAAAAGGACACAACGGUGGACAUGAUCGAUCUGAGAGGGUCGGACAAUGUGCACAGCAGAGCUCGAGAGGAAGCAGAGGAGGAACACGACCACCCCUCAUCGGAAAAGUCCGACAGGGAGGAUGACAACGCGUCAAGGGACGAGGUCGACGACAGUGAGACCUCCCACGGACAUCCUCGCGACACUGACGAGGCUGACGACGAUGACGGUGGGAGUGACGACGGCACUGCGCACGAAGAGAGUGACGAUGGGUCAGCCCAAGACGACAGAAGCGCAUCUAGAAGAGCGAGUUCCCCGUCCUCGGGAGGAACACAACGCACGAGGGUCCCCGGGAGGAACACAACGCAUGAGGGUCCCCGGGAGGAACACAACGCACGAGGGCAGCGCUGCCGACACGCCUUCCAUUGGCAGACAAAUAGUGAGGCACGCUAAUACUGCUGGAAAACGUAAACAAAGUGCGUUGAAGUUG